AUGGACAACGCGAGAUCUCAAUUAUUCUAUCGCUACUAUUGCAAUACGAGUGCUGGCCAGCUGAGAUCUGGACGUUAUUCCCACGAUCAUCCGCCACUAACUGAAGCGAAGGUUCUCGACCAAUUUGAUAAUCAUCGGAUUCGAGAAAGGAAACGUCCUAUUGCGUUGGUUCCUGUCACAAGUCGUCCACUUGAAGCUGUGCACCGUGCUCUAGAGAAAUGUUACCGCUUCCGCGAAGCCCCAGAAAUAGCCUGGAUCGUCAUUAUUCGAGUACCGAGCGGUGAAAACACCAACGGCCCUCAUCAUGCACGAGAGCUUGCGCUGCAGCGGGGCGAUGAUAAAUCUAACUACUUGUUUGAGUGGGAAAUCCUUCCGGAGCAUCGGGUCUCAGUCAAGACACUGCUUGAGCGGGGAAUCAUACAGUCGCCAGGCUUGCAAAAAUGUGCAAAGCGUUUUCCAAGCUUCAGAAAUCUGCAAAACAAGCUGGUCGACACUAUCCUCGGGCCCGACACAUACAGCACAGGGCGAUGGCUAGGAAGUUUGGCGCGGGCACUUGGUGCCAGAACAUGCACCUAUGAACUCACAAUGCAGAUCCUACGAGAUUGUCUGAGUGGUUGCUAUAUCGAUGAAGAUAACCAGUUUGUUUGUCUCUAUGGAUCGAAAUCAUGUGGGAUUCUUGAAUUUAGUGACAUCUGGGACAUCGAAGACCGGAUUUGGGAUCAACUUUAUUCGUACCUGGAUAUUUAA